CAUCACUGUCCCGACUUGAAUGUCAGCGUCUUCCUUCUCCUCGCCCAGUGAGCCCGAUAUCACCGAUUUCGAGGAUCUCGACACACUCUCGCCGCCUUCAGCUCUGAAUCUACCAGCGUCCAACAUACAAUCCUUCAUCGUCCAACAACCAGUGAUCAUGCCGACGGCACAAGAACUCCCUGCGCUGCCCGAGAGAUUGAUGGACGCGGCGCUUGCGUUAGAGGACGUGCCUAUAUCUACUCUGUCGACGCAGCCUGAUGCGACCUCGUUACCGGAUAUGUCGAAGCACGAGACCUUUUUCUUCCCUGAUGGGAACAUAACAUUCCUUGUAGAGGACACGUUGUAUUGCUUAUAUCGCCAUAUGUUCCUUCGCCACUCCUCAGUCUUUGCAGCUGAAUUCAUUCCUGACGACUCUGAGAAUGAGAGUCCUAUCGAAUUGGAUGGGGUCAAGAAGCACGCUUUCGAUAAUUUUUUGUCCAUUCUGUACCCCUCGAAUUUCGUAAAAGGCGAUGUGGAAGGAGUGGAAGGAUGGGCUACCGUCCUUCAUCUGUCCACCUUGUGGGGUUUCAAGUCCAUUCGGGAACUAGCCAUCCGAUCUCUUGCUACGAUCAGUCUAUGCGUCGACAAAGUGGUGUUUGGGCAUAAGUAUGACCUCGAAGAAUUUCUUUGGUCAGGAUACGUUGAGUUAUGUCAAAGGGACGAAUCGCUCACCCUCGAGGAAGCCCGCCGAAUUGGUCUCAAAUACGUUAUCCCGAUCGUUCAUGCACGCCAGCAGCUUCAGCUCGAACGCCAUUCGCGAUCAUUGGCGGGGAUCACUAGUGGCAAAUGCUUGUCUUGUAACUCAAACGACGCCUUCACCCAUAAUGCGUUUAGUUUCGGACUAAACCCGACGAUCGAUGCUGAUACGUGCCGGUUUUGUCGUGUUAAGCGGGGCAGCAUGACAUCCGACGAGAUCUCACAGCAAGUCAAGAAAUUAUUCCCACAUCUCAGCCCACCUGUCGCGGUACCCACUGGACAAAGCGUUGCAAAUCAGAUGCCAAAACCAGUGGCCUCGACUGAUGUUCUCGAUGCGAUGGAUAUGGACGAAGAUUUGGACGAGACAACCGACGUCGUUCAAGUCAUUCACCCCAAGCCGCGAUCGACGAAUCGAAAAAGAUCGGGAAGGGGAAGAAAAAGCGAUCGAUGCAAUUAAAGGGACUGAGCAUACACCCUAGAUCGAUGAAACAUCUUGUGAAACGGUACUGUAGCCUAGGCUUUAUGUGAACUCUACGAACUGGGAAGGAAUACAGCCUUGUCCAGCGUUCAAUGACCUGGAGGCAUUC